CAGCUGUUGCGAUGCUGCUUUCUCUUGUCUGAGUUCUUCUUCUCCACCACAUCGUCUAGAUUUUCUCUUCGGCUUUGAGCCUGCGCCUGGUGGAUAUAUUGCAGCUGAUCGCUCCUGGCGAGCUUUUCGGCUCACCGAGUGCCAGCUCGGACUUGUAUCCUGCCAUUCCUUUCUUCCGGGCUGAACCCCUUGUAUGGCCUCUGUGUCGGCGUCAGGCAGCCCUUGUAUCUCUGGCUCGGCUUUUUACAGUCUCUCUGCAUCGUCAAGCUCAGCGGCAGCGAGCGAAAGUGCAUAUACUGCGACGGUCUCACUCUGCUUUGACGCCUCCGUACCCUCGGUUACCAGCGAUCUAGCCUCCUCAAACCUCCCCUCUACGACCAGCAACAUGAGUACAUCCACUUCGAGUGACUCGCCUGCGCUGGUUUUUACCGAUCCCACGUCGUCCUCCUCUUCUACAACGGCCUCUCUUGCAUCUCCUACUUCGGAAGUUACAAGCUUUGUCACAUCAGAUACGUUCAGCUCCUCUGCUAUCGUCAGUUCCAGCAACGCCCCACCACCACCUCCGCCUCCUUCAUCUGGUUCCUUCAGCAUCUCUAUUUUCCCGUCUAGUACCUUUACACCAACCGGCUCCCCGACACCCUCGAGCACGGCUUUUGUCCUAGCACCGAGCACAUCUACUUCGACUGCGUUCAGCACUGAAACAUCCGUUGCUACAUCAACAGAGCCUGUGCAGGAAAGUCUUCCGCUCUCGACUCAGUCGCCGACGUCCACUGGAGGCCCUGCCACAUCUUCCAUUUCAUCAAGUGAUGAUUCGGGUGCCAUUGGUCUGAACACGUCGACCGAGACCGAUCCGCCAUCUUCGAUAAUCUCUCUGACCAUCGCGAUACCGAGCACAUCAAGUGCAUCAUCUACUUCCUCGACCUCGCUCUAUGCAGGAGGCACGGCGAACUCCUCGAGCGUAGGAGCAAACAGCAGCAGCGCAGGGCUCAGACGCGCCACGAUCGCAGGCGCGGCCGUCGGCAGCAUCAUCGGCGCGCUCUGUCUCUCCGUCGCCCUGCUCUACUUCGUACGCUGGAGGAGCCGGCGCAUGCGCGCCGAGGCGCUCGGGCGCAUGCGCACGCAGCAGCAUUUCAGCAGCCAGGGCUCCGUGCUCGGGAUCGGCGCGGACCCAUUCGACAGCGCGGGCGGCAUCGAGUCCGUGCGCACCGCUGCCGACGCAUUCCGCGGCAUGUCGCACUACUCGAGUCCCAGCGUCGAUACAGCACUCACGCUCGCGCGCCCUCCCCCGCCCAAGGCCACGCGCUCCACGCUCUCCGUCGACGCAAUGCCCCGAUCGUGGGCGAUGUUCGAGCGCGAACGCUCGCCGCUUGUGCGCUCGAGCGUCACCGCGUCCGACGCCCUUCAGAGUGCGGAGCCGCUGGCGGGCUCGCCUCAAUCACACUCGCUGUCGUCGACGAUCCCCUUGGCGACGCCGCAAUCGCGGUCUUGGCAGAACCUGCGCAGCUCGACGUCGCUAUUGGCGCCGGAACGCGCCCCCGAGGCUGCGUUCGCGACGAACCGGUCAUCCAGGGCGUCGUCCAGCCUGUAUUCUGACCAGAUCCCAAGGCGGGGAUCGCUCGCGGACAGCGUGGACCCAUUCAGAGACACGCCGCCAGACUAUCGCUCUAUAUCCGAGUAUUCCCUGCCGGGCAGGGCAAUAUGACCCAUACGGAGGACUCUGCAUACAUCCACCUCUCGCGGCCUAAAGUUGCUCUUAUUGUAAGUAGGACACACGCAUCAUGCCUCUGGGAGGCACCUUUCGUUCCAUUAAGUAUAUCGUUCAUCAUCUCUAUGGUAUAUUUCCGCUCGCUGGCACGAAACGCGCAUGUAUUGUACCCCGUAUCUC